AUGGGCUCCACGUGCCUGUCGUGCGGCGAGGGCGCUGUGGUGGCGGAUCCGGACUCGGGCGCGCUCGUCUGCACCUCCUGCGGCGUCAUCCAGGACGCCGGCGGCGCGGAGUUCGUCCACCAGUCCACCUUCAACGACUCGGGGGGCCUCGAUCUCCGCGUCUCCUCCCUCGUCCGCAACAGCUCCGACUCCGCCUACCGCGACCAGAAGCUCGCCGUCGCCUCCGCGGGCAUCACCUCCAUCGCCACCCGCCUCGGCCUGUCGCCGGCCCGCGCCGAGGAGGCGCUCCGCAUGGCCAAGUCCGCCACCGACGGCCAGCUCGCCACCCCGGGCAGCGCCUUCCUCCCCUCCCUCGCCGCCGCCUGCACCCUGCUCGUCGCGCGCUCCCACCGCCUCCCGCUCUCCCUCGCCGAGGCCGCGGAAGCCGCCUUCUGCUCCGUGCCCGCCCUCGGCGACCUGGUCUCCCGCGUCGCCGCCCAGCUAUCGCUCCCUCCCCUCCCCUGCUUCGACUACGCCGCCGCGCUCGACCGCGCCGUGCAACUCUCGCCCUCGCUCAACGCCGCGGCGGCCCACAAGACGGACGCGAUUCUCGCCCAGGCCCGGUUCCUCUUCCGCUGCGCCUCCAAGUGGUCGCUCACCACCGGCCGGUUCCCGCUCCCCCUCAUCGUGGUGCUGCUCGCCUUCUCUGCGGAGGUGAACGGGGUCACUUCUCUCUCCUUGGAGGACAUUGCCCGGGACAUCUCGGCGGGAUUGAGGACCAGCCUCCGCCGAUACAAGGAGCUCGUUGACACGCUGGUGCAUGUCGCGCGCCACCUGCUUCCGUGGGGCGCCGAUGUCAAUGCCAAGAACCUGCUCCACAACGCUCCGGUCCUGCUCCGGCUCAUGGAGAUGCGCUCACAGUCGGACCCUUCUGAAGAGUUUCUUGAGAGCUUUGCUCCGAACAUUGCUGCAAUUGUGCAGGCGUACUCUAAAGUUGACGACGACGAGUCCAAAUACCUUCAUAUUACUCCUGUCAGUGCUGAUGACUUUGAUUUCGAUAAUCUUGAGCCAGAGGAGAAGGAAUUUGAAAACCAGAAUAUCUCAGAGAAGGGCCUAUCAGAUGCUUACAAAAAUGUCCUAAAUAGGCUUGCCCAGCUACAGAAACUUGGGAAGGUUGGUAAAGGUGCUGACAGGAGGAAGCGAUUGAAAGGAGGAAUGGAGCUGGAGCCGUGUAUGGACGCAGUGAAUAAUGGUUGGAAAAAGGACAUGCUGCUUGAGGAUGUGGUGGAUAUUGACAUUGGCUAUGAUGCACCUCCACCAUCGUUUACUGCUGGUUUGGAGUUGCAGAAGGAGAGGAGAGCACGUAUUGAAGUUGCCAAGCAGCGAAUUGAUGCGAUUAGGAAGGCUCCAGCUCCAGCUGCAAAAGCAAAUAAUUCAGAAUCAGAAGAUGUUGUAAGAAACGAAUAUGUCUCUCCCCCGCAAAAAUUGACCAGGAAGAAUCGAGGGGGAAAGAAGAUGGAUGAUAUAGAUCAUAUCCUUCUCAGUGACAAUAUGGCAGAUAGUUCAGGUGCCAGGAAAAAGAGACGAAGAAGAGGUUCCUGUGACGGUAUCGAUUGGGAAGAUUGCAUUAUUGAGCUCCUGCUCCUGCAUGGUGCAAAUGAAGCUGAGAUCGAACAAGGCCAGUACAGAAGAUUGUUGGAGUUGAAUGUAUUCAGUGCAGUAAGUGGGGGGAAAUUGAAUAAUGGCAAUGCCAUUCUCAAGUCUUCAGUAUGUGAUGAUCCCAAUCAUUCUGAAUGA